AUGCCACAAUCUGGGUCUUUGAUCCGCGCUAGUGACGUCGUGUGGCAUCCAGAGUUCACAAGGCGGUGUCGGGACCUCAAUCUCAGAGAGCUAGAAAAGUCUCACUUGGAGUGGCUGGCGCAGAGUGUGGCGGACACAGUAGAGGAUGUGGAAAGAGCCCGGGCUGCGCAACUGGAUGUGAAUAUUGCGCCCCUGUUCAUAAGGGACGACGACGACGAGAUCUCUGCUGAAGCCGAUAAAGUCGAAGCAUUCUGCCCCAAGACGACUCUCCGACAUCUUUUGACAGAGACCGUGGAAGGCGGCACUUCUCCAAGCCCCAAGGCUCUGUUGGAUGAGAGGAGUAUCAAUGGUGGUGUUAUCAGUGAAAGACGCAACAAAGGCCCACUCACUGCGCGACAGCUGUACCAGGCGCUUAGUGAGCCUCGCUAUCGGUCGAAUCAGGCACAGUAUUUGGAUGUACGACACAGACACAUAUACCUCACUGACCUGGAUCCUGAGUGCGUAUGCGCCAUCUUCGGCACAGCACCACACUAUCAGAAGCGCGCGGUCGGUUCCUUGGUGUAUAGGCAUCUCCAGUCGGCGCCUCACACAACUGUCUCCAUCUCUCCACAGGGACACAAUUUUGCGUUUGCAUUUCACCUUCGCUACAAGCUGAUGCGCCGGUCCGAUACCCCAAAUCUUGAUACACGGCGCUUUGCGAACAAUACAGCUCUCCGGGAGUAUCGAAACGUCUCGUUCCUCGACAAAAGAGGCAAUCAGCCCGGUAUUCAUUGCUACGAAGCACAAAUAUCCUAUCUGGUAACCGGAAACGAUGAUUCGUUAUGGGAUUCUCUUUGUAUCAGCGACAACUACUUUAAUUCCAAGCAAGCCGGGACGAGUCUAACGGACGUAUACGAGGAGAUCAGUCAAGACGCCGACGGACUUGUGGCCCUCGAUCCAUCCACCCGAGGUGAAGCCGGGCCUGACUUCCCUGCCACGGAUCCUCGCGAGAAGUUUCCGAGAACGCUGGCGUACCACUUGAAGCGCGUUACAGCCGAGUACAUGCGCAUAGUGGACUGGCUGAACGACCCCGUUCGUGACUAUGCGCAGUGUAAACAUAACCGGCAGCAUCUCUCCAAGAGACCUCAUACCAAAAUGAAAGACGAAGGCUUCGACACCCUCAAAUGGAGUGCAGAAGUCAAAGAUCUAGCAGACAUGUUUUCGAUGGAGGUGGCUGACAUAAAGGAUGAAGUCGGGAGUUUCCUUGAAAAGAACCAUAUUCUCUUCCCAUCGGAACUCUGUGGUCCUGCGAUAUCCGACAUCAUUGAUAACAUGGAGGAGUUGGAGAAGGUGCAGAGGAGGCUCCGAAGUGUCAGCAGCAGGUGUAAGAGUCUGAUCGAAACUGAACAGAAUCUCCUGCAGCAGUUCCCUGCCGAAAUAGGACGGAAGACUGAAUUCAUUUCGAAGUCCAUAUACCCUGUGAUGAUCGCGACGGGCAUCUUCUCCAUGCAGGAUCAUGUUCUGCCCUUCAAAGCCAACACCACGGCAUUUCCGCCAAAAUUGGUGUGA